GGCUAUCGUACGCCAGCAGUGUUUCCUCUGUGGCCUCCUUUUCAGUAACUUGUGCCUUUUUCUGUCGGAAAGGAAAGAAAAAGGCCACGAAGACGUCAACGCGCAGUUAUAUUGGAUUAUAUAUAUAUUAUUUCUACAUAUUGUGGCUUUUUUUUAAACGUGGGAGACGCCGCGCAGAUGCUCGUCGUGAAGCCGAGAGACGUUUAGGGUCCGGAAGUUGUGAGGGAAAAAAUAAGUGAGGAAAGGCAUGAAAAAAACAAGAGAGAGCUGGAAGAAACACUCCUGACCAUUUUUUCCUUCUUUUCCGAGCCCAUUGAAACACCGGGUUCUCCGGUGAAUCUUACCUCUACUUUACGAGGUGACGAGUCUAACUUAUAAGUGAUCAACUAAUAAGUGUAUCGAUGGGUCUGCCGACGCUGGAGUUCAGCGACUCCUUCCUGGACAGCCCGGAGUUCAGGGACCGACUGCAGUGCCAUGAGAUCGAGCUGGAGCGCACCAACAGAUUUAUCAAAGACCUCAUCAAAGAUGGGAACAUGCUCGUGUCUGCCCUGAGAAGUCUUUCUCUUGCUGUUCAACGGUUCUCUCAGUCUCUGCAGGAGUUUCAGUUUGAAUGUAUUGGAGAUGCGGAGACCGAUGAUGAAAUCAGUAUAGCUCAGUCCUUAAAGGAGUUCUCUCAGCUCCUGAGCACCAUGGAAGAGGAGAGAAAACGACUGAUCCAGAAUGCCGACGACGUUUUGAUCUCACCGCUCGAGAGAUUUCGUAAGGAGCAGAUUGGAGCCGUGAAGGAGGGAAAGAAGCAGUUUGACAAGGAGACAGAAAGGUACUACUCUGUUCUCGAGAAACACCUCAGCUUGUCCUCCAAAAAGAAGGAAUCACAGCUGCACGAGGCUGAUUCCCAGAUGAGUAAGGACAGGCAGGUCUUUUACGAUGCAUCGCUGCAGUAUGUCUUCAAGAUCCAGGAAGUGCAGGAGAGAAAGAAGUUUGAAUUUGUGGAGCCGCUUCUAGCCUUCCUGCAGGGUUUGUUUACGUUCUACCACGAGGGUUACGAGCUGGCCAGUGAGUUUGAACCCUACAAGCAGCAGCUCCAGUUCAACCUGCAGAAUGCUCGCAAAAACUUUGAAAGUACGCGUGCCGAGGUCGAAAGGCUGAUGAAGAGGAUCCGGUCUGCAGAGGAAGACUUCAAAGCCCCCAGUGGCUUUACCAUGGAGGGGUAUCUGUACAUACAGGAGAAACGUCCACUGGGCAGCGUGUGGACCAGAUACUACUGCACUUAUGAAAAAAGCUCCAAGGUGUUCACCAUGAGCAACACAGAGGCCAGACCAGCCAGCAGACAGAACGGCGUGGUGAACGGAGCACCGGAGACCUUCAAGCUGCGCUCUUGUGUCAGACGGAAGACGGAGUCCAUCGACAAACGCUUCUGCUUUGACAUCGAGGUGGUUGAGAGACAUGGGGUCAUCACCCUGCAGGCCCUCUGCGAGGCAAACAGGCGGCUGUGGAUGGAGGCGAUGGAUGGAAAAGAACCUAUUUACACUCUGCCGUCUUUACUCAGUAAAAAGGAGGAGACAUUUCUCAACAAAGCCGGCUUCAACUUUGUGAAGAAGUGUAUUGAACUGGUUGAAACCAGAGGCAUUACCACCCUGGGGCUGUACAGGAUUGGAGGAGUCAACUCCAAAGUGCAGCGCUUGAUGACGAGUGUGUUUGCAUCCACAGCUCCCACUGACAUGCAGCUGGAUGCAGAUGCCUGGGACAACAAGACCAUCACCAGCGGUCUAAAGAAUUACUUCAGGUGUCUGGCAGAACCGGUACUGACCUACAGACUGCAUAAAGAAUUCAUUAAGGCCGCAAAGUACGACAACCAGAAGUAUCGAGUGAGAGCGGUUCAUGCUCUCGUACACAAACUGCCAGAGAAAAACAAAGCGAUGUUGGACAUCCUGGCCAACCACCUUCUCAUGGUGUCCUCUCACAGUGACCAGAACCUGAUGACCGUGUCCAACCUGGGAAUGAUCUUCGGCCCCACGUUGAUGAGGUCACAGGAGGAGACGGUGGCCGCCAUGAUGAACAUCAAGUUUCAAAAUAUCGUGGUGGAGAUCAUCAUUGAAAACCACCACAAGAUAUUUGGCGAGGCCCCAGACCUGUCGGCGCCGAUCCCUCAGCCUCAAUCCUCCCGGUCGACUCCUCGGAGGAACAAGGUCAUCUGUCUGUCGUCUGGCAAGAGGAAGGCCCGCCUCUACCCUCCGACUCUGUGCCUGGCCGACAACGACAGUGACACCUUCAGCAGCAGCCACAGCACGACUCCGAUGGGCAGCCAAGAGUCUCUGUCCUCGCACUCCUCCGAGAAGAACGGAUUGUCCCAGACGUCUCCUCCGUCCUCGCCCGCCGCCGAACCCGACCCGCCGUCCGCCGCGCCGCCGUCUCCUGGCGCGGCUUCCUCCCGCUCGCCGUCCCACAACUCCUCGAACGGGAAGGACGAGGAGCGCCCGGCGGACGGCGCGGCCUCCUCCCGGACUUCCUCCCGGCCCGCCGCCGCCCUGCAGACGUCCUCCUCUCUGCUCUCCACGGAGACGAGUCUGUCCGUCGCGGGGGACUCGGCGGCCUCCUCGUCACCCGUUAAAGAGUCGAGAUGUCCUUCCGCCGCCUCCUCGUCCACUAUCUCCACCCAGCACUCCUCAGUGGAGCGCGCCUCCUCUCUCCGGGAGGGUCGGCCUCUCCAGAGAGCGUCGUCCGCCUCCUCUCUGAAGAGCUCUCAUUCGAUCAAUGAAAGAAAUGCGUCCGGCGCCUCCUCCUCCUCCGCGGUCACGGAAACCAAAGUGACUACCUCUCCUUCGCGGCCGCACAGAAAAAUCUCCUUGACCGCCUCCUCCUCCUCUUCCUCCUCCUCGUCGUUAUUCCCCUUCCAGCUUUCGACGUCUUCCUCGAUGACCUCCCUGCACAUUUCAGAGGAUUACAGAAGCUGCCACGGGUCGGUUCGGAGUCUCAUGUCUCUGGACCCGCAAGACGCGACGCGCAAACGGAAACCGUCACACGUCCGCUGCGGCUCGGAUCUGACCCCGAAGGGCUCCGCAGCCGCCGCGUCCAGCAACGGUUACCAGAGACCGGGGUCAGUAUUAUCGGCCCGACUGCCGCAGCGCGAGAGUUCAGUGUUCUCCUCGGCGUUAGACGUGUGUUCUUCAGGAAGGGAUGCAAAAGCUCUUUACUCCUGCGAGGCGGAGCACAGCCACGAGCUCAGCUUCCCACAGGGGGCGCUGCUCUCGAAUGUGUACCCGUCGGUGGAGCCCGGCUGGUUUCAGGCCACGUACAACGGGAGAACAGGCCUCGUACCGGAGAACUACAUCACGUACAAGUGACCCACCUGAUGAUGUCAUCAGCGAAUAACACAAAGAUCUAACCCUUUGACUUUAGGGAUCUCCAGUGCACCCAGUGAAACUCUGUGCUGCUAGUCAGAGAUAUCAUAUGUGCAUUAUGUAACUGUGACUAUUAUCACUGAACUACGGCUGGAGAUGAACGAGGCAUGUGCUGUUUGUAUAUCUGACUACUACGUGAACCAUUUUAGGGUUUUUAACCAGUUUAUAAUACAGUAGAUAUGCUGAUAUCUUGUUGUCUUUUCCUUCAUGUAUACAAUUAAUCAACGUUAUUAUCUCCUCUUUUAUGUUUGUGUGUACAUGAAAUGUGUCUGUCAGGUACACAGAGAUCAACCCUUAAUAAUUCAUGUGUUUACUGUCGUAUUAAUGUGACAGGCUGUGAGUCCAGAGAUGAGGUGUUCACACCUGUGUGCCUUAACCUGAUGAACUGAUGGUCUCAGACUGAAUCCUGCCUUCACACCUUUGCCUGGACCGUCGGUCCGUUUUUUAUGCUUUCUAAAUAAAAGACAUACUUUAAUAAAAACUGUGUGGUUGUAGA